AUGGCUACCCCCAGUGUCCUUACCUUUGAUGCUGAGGGUCGUGCUGUUGACUUCGAGGUCAGGGUCGAUGACCUACAGCUCUUCCUACAGUGCGAUAGGGCAGACGGACUCUCCCUGUUCGAUCUCACCUCUGGUGCCUCUCCUGCCCCGCCUGCUGAUGCUGACAACACUGUCCGCUCACAGUGGGCCACACGUGAUGCUGCUGCCCGUCUUGCUGUGCGUCGCCACUUACCGACCACUGAGCGUGCGCACUUUAGUCAGUACAAGAGUGCUAAGACCUUGGACCACUUCCUCUCUGUUUGCCCCACCACACUCUCCGUUGAACUCCUCCAGGAGCGCCUCCUAGCAGCUGAGAAGAGUAUAGUAGCUGUAGGAGCCUCUCAUGCUGAACCUCGUGCCCCCUUCUUUGAGGGGUGCUCCCCUUCCCCCCUGUUGCCCUCUGUUGCCUCUGCUAAUGCCGUCGACCUCGUUGGCUUCGAGUCGGUCGGAGCUGUGUCUGCCCCUAGCGGGAGACGCCGCACCGGCAAGGGCAAGGGGGGCAAGGGCGCUAGAGGGGCUGGCGGGGGCGGUGGAGGUGGCGGUGGAGGCAGUGGAGGGGGUGGGGGUGGUGGUGGGAGUGGUGGCGGGGGUGGAGGUGUCGGUGGCAGCAGUGGAGGCGGAAGAGGCGGCGGCGGUGGAGAUAAGAGCGGCAGCGGCGGAGGUGGAGGAGGUGGCGGCGGCAGCGGUGGAGCUGGUCGCGACUGUGCGCAGAGGAGUGGCUCCGAUGGUGGUCCGCGCCAGCAGCAGCAGCGCACUCGUGAGACCCCGUCCCCCCAGCAGCUUCGUGAGUGGUACGCUGGGCGUCAGCGAGGUCUCUACCUCCCCUCGUUCGCUACAAACUUGGUGAGUGGUGCUGACCUACAGGAUGGGGGAGUUGACCAGUUCACUCCUGCGGGUCAGCGGGUGACCCACUGUACGUGUGCUCGGACGGGCCGACACUUGGCCACGUUUACCCGUCGGCCGGGGUCGAGCCUUUACACACUGACUACUGAGUCCCCUCCGGUUGCUGAGUCUGGUCAGGUAGACUCUCCUCUGGCACCACCGCCUUGGUCACCCCUCCCUGCCUCGUCUCCGAGGUAUGGCCUCCCGUGUCCUUGUCUCUGGUCUCCCCCGAUCCCUCCCUCCCCUCCCUCCGGGGCCUGCCCCUACCUGCUGUGA